AAGACGGUACAUAUUUUCAAUUCAAUUCAGAGAGAGAGAGAGAGAGAGAGAGAUUUGACUUCUAUCUUUUAAGUCGUUUACAGCUAAGGUAUUGUUUUCAGUUUUGGCUGGGGGGGGGAUAGGAGUUUCUUAUUCUAUGUUGCCGUUGUUGACCACAGCUACCGUUUUGAAUAUUUGCCUUUACAGUCUUGGACUAAGCGAUCCAAUCUUGGUCUUCAUUUGGUGCUUUCCUCGCAACUCAAUCAAAAAUUAUUAAGCCUUUGCUUGUCUUGAGAGUCUUGUAAUUAGGGCUCUGGUUGGUAUUUGACUUCUGGGUUGUCUGUUUGAUUUGCAUAUUACAACUCCAUCCUGGGAUUUUGGAUUUGCUGCAUCGGUUUUGAUAAUAUUUCAUAUGCCAUAUUUUUAUACAGCUUGAGUUGCUGGAAUCUGGUCUUGAUUUUGGGUAACCGUGUCAUUUGAAAGCUAUCUAUUUUGCCUAUUGUUUCAUUCUGAGAAGUUUUGGGGAAUGAAAGGAAAAGGAGGAACACCGGGAAGUUACUUUGUAUUGAACACCGGAGCUAAAAUUCCAGCUAUUGGACUUGGGACAUGGCAGAGCGGUGGAGACCUCUGCGUCGAAGCUGUAAAAACGGCAUUGUCGGUCGGGUACCGUCACAUAGAUUGCGCACAUCUUUAUGGGAAUGAGAGUGAAGUUGGGGAAGCACUCACUGAAGCAUUCAAAGGCUUCCUGAAGAGGGAGGAUGUUUUCUUGACUUCUAAACUUUACUGUACCAUGAAUUCGCUCAAUAAAAUAGAGAACUAUGUUAAAGUUUCUCUUAAUAAUCUUGGAGUUUCGUACUUGGAUCUCUAUUUGAUGCAUUGGCCCGACAGCUCGGCGUUUGGUGACGCUACUGAUCCACCUUCAAAGUCGGGCAGUGAGUAUGGGCAGUUUCUGAAUCGGUUGAAAAAAGCGUGGAAAGCCAUGGAGGGUCUCGUCGAGUCAGGUCUGGUUCGGGCUAUUGGAGUUAGCAAUUUCAGUAUUCAGCAGAUCAAAGGAUUGCUUAAGUUUGCAAAGAUUGUACCUGCAGUCAAUCAGGUGGAGUUGCACCCUUUCUGGAGGCAAGAUGAACUUGUGAAGUUCUGUCAAAUGAAAGGUAUUCAUGUAUCUGCUCAUACACCUUUAGGAGUACCUACUUCAACUCCCGGACCAUCUGACAGUGGAUCAGGUGGGGAAGAUGAACCUGGCACUCCUCGCAUAUCAUUUAGGAGAUCAAGAUCUGUCCAUGGCCCUAUGCUCAAGUUAUCAGUUGUUUCACAAAUAGCAGAUAGACACAAAAAGACACCAGAGCAGGUCAUUUUGCGGUGGGGACUGCAAAGAGGAACCAGUGUCCUUCCUUGUAGCCUGAAGUCUGACAGGAUAAGGAAAAAUAUUGACAUUUUCAGUUGGUCUCUCUCAGAUGAUGAGUGGAACCACUUGAACCAGAUUGAACCACAAGUUUGUUUAUUUGGACAUGGACCUCUGAAUACUCAAUCGGAAAAUGUCUUUAUGUUUGGGAGUGGUCCACUACAGGCUGUGCGUGAGAUGGAAGAUGACAUGGAAUCCAAUGCCUAAUAUUUCAUAUUAUUUUCUUUAGAUAUUGCGCCAUUUAUGUUCAAGUACGUGAUCAUCUUAUGAUUUGUCAUAUGCCCAUUGUUUGUUGUAAGAUUUUGAUUUUGUGGACGCAGAAUAGAAAGUCAAACUAUGCCCUAUUGUUUAAACUUUAAAGAGGUUUGAUUUUUUUUGUUUGUUUGGAAAACAAAGAUGGUGAUCCUUAUACUGAGUUCCUCUGAUGUGACAUCAAGGAAUGAAACUCCUAUUGAAACUUCAAA